UGCAUCCAUUCCAACUCACUACUCAUUCUUCUUUAAAACUAUAUUUCUACUUCUACUCAAAAUAAAAUCAGUGUAAAAAAAGGAAGACACAAAACUCACACUCCAAAAUGGUCUCCAAGAAAAUUGAAGAAAAAAAACUAGAAGCUCCCAUCCAUGGAGACAUCUUAGAAGCCAUACUCUCUCACGUGCCGCUCAUUUACUUGCUUCCAGCCAGUCACGUGUCAAAUUAUUGGAACACCGCCGUCUCGAGCUCCCUCCGCCACAUCAACCCUGUGAAGCCGUGGCUCACGUUUCACACUCAAAACCGCCGUGCUCCUCACAUGAUCAAAUCAUACGCGUACGAUCCACGCUCGUUCACAUGGAUCAGAAUCCACGCGCCAAAAACCAAUCACACCUCGGUUAUACGAUCAUCGCAUUCCACGCUCCUCUACACGCUCUCUCCUAAGGAAUUCACUUUCUCUAAAGAUCCACUCCAUCUCGACUGGAACCAGGCGGAAGCACCACGCGUUUGGCGCGUUGAUCCGGUGGUUGCUCGUGUUGGGAACUGCAUCGUUGUUGCUGGUGGCGCGUGUGACUUCGAGGAUGAUCCUUUAGCAGUUGAAAUGUAUAAUAUAGAUUCUCGCGAUUGGAUCCGGUGUGAGUCCAUGCCUGAGAUGAUGAAGGACACCACAUCAUCGACAUGGCUCUCUGUUGCAGUCGCCGGUGAGGUUAUGUAUGUAACGGAGAAAAACUCCGGCACGAUGUAUUCUUUCGAUUGCAAAACGAUGACGUGGCAAGGACCGUACGAUCUUCGAAGAGAGGAGAACAUGUUCUUCAGCGUUACUGGAACGGUGCAGGAUCGUUUGGUUGUUGUGGGAAUAUCAGGUGAUGCGGAGAAUGUGAAGGGAGUGAAAAUAUGGGAAGUGAAAGAGGAAUUAGGGUUUGAAAUGGUGGAGUUGUGUGCGAUGCCGAAAGAGAUGGUGGAGAAACUAAGAGGUGAGAGUGGGAGUGAGUUGUUGAAUUCGAUUGAAUUGGUUUGUAUUGGUGAUUUUGUUUAUGUUUAUAAUCGGUCGGAGCCCGAGGAGAUGGUGGCGUGUGAGGUGUUGAAGGGAGGAGGAUGUGAGUGGCGGAGUGUGAGGAAUAGGGUGGUGAACGACGGUGUAAGGAUGGGGAGAGUGGUGUUGUGUGGCGGUGAUGUGGGAUUGGAAGAUUUGAAGAGCGCGGUUUCGGGGAAGUGUAGAUUUGAAUUGGAUCAAGUGUAAAAAUGAGCUCAAAAAGGAAAAGUAAUUAAUUUCUUAUUAUGUGUUAGAAUUUUACUUUAGAAAAACGAAAUUAUGUUGGGAAACAACAUUUCAAUACAAUAAAAGGGAGAGAUCUGUCCCUUAUAUUCAGUUAAGACAGAUUAGUUAAAAGACAUGUUCCGGUAAACACAUUUCAAUUGAUAAUUAUAACAUGCAUUCGAAUCUGCAGCAUUUUAUUUGUUGAUCAAAUGAUUUUUAAAUGAUAAAUUAAAGCAAAUAGAGUACUUAAAAAAAACAGGGGGAAGACUGGUUGCUGGGAAUUAUAAUGGAUAAGGAAUUAAUGCAGGAAAAGAUAAGGUGGGGAAUGUGGACAAGUUGGUCUUAUCAACAAAAGUAGAUCUUUUAGUUGUGGCUUAUAUGUGCCUCAUUAAUGAAGAUGAGUCUCAGCCUGUUAAUGAGUCUCUGUCUGUCAUCUUUAUAUAAAAAAUGGUCCUAUUUAAUUGUUGUUUA